GCCAUAACCGUGAAGAACCCUUCGGAGGACCGGAGUCACUCAUCUUGGACCAUAUCAAAAACCGUGCCCAGAAUAUUUAUCAGGCCACCGGAUGAGCUAGCCCAGGAGAAAAAUCACAUCCAAUCCAAUCUUCAAGUCCCCAUUAUAGAUCUUAGUGGGGUCAACGAAGACGCUUGUGCGCGUGAGAAGAUUAUUGGUGAAGUGAAAAGGGCGUCGAGCGAAUGGGGCUUUUUCCAGCUCGUCAAUCACGGGAUAUCCCGGGAAGUCCUGGAUAAUAUGCUGGACGGGAUAAGGAAGUUCCACGAACAAGACGGCGAGGUGAAAAAGGAAUUCAACACUCGCGAUAUGACGCGGAAAGUGAGAUUUGGCAGCAAUAUUGAUCUGUAUCUGUCGCGUGCGGCCAAUUGGAGGGACACGUUGGCGAUUUCAGUGCAGAAUUUUGGUAGUAUUGAGCCUGUUGAGUUGCCUGAAAUCUGCAGGAAUGGCACUUUUCUCGGGCACUAUUACCCGGUUUGUCCCCAGCCAGACAUAACCAUCGGCACCAGUAAGCACACAGACCCUUCUUUUUUGACAAUUCUCUUGCAGGAUCAAAUCGGGGGCCUCCAAGUUCUGCAUCAGGAUAAAUACAUCAAUGUACAACCCCUGUCUGGUGCCUUGGUGGUCAACAUUGGAGAUAUGUUGCAGAUCAUUUCAAAUGAUGAGUUUGUAAGCCCGAAUCACCGAGUUCUUGCCAACCGGGUAGGGCCAAGAAUCUCGGUGGCAGGAUUCUUUACCGGUGAUGCUUUAAGUGGAAGGAUAUACGGUCCCAUAAGAGAGUUGAUAUCGGAAAAUAAUCCACCACACUACAGAGAGUUUACAGCGCGAGACUAUAUAGCAAAGUUCUACAUGCGCCCAGUCGAUAAGUCAGGGCUCGACGAAUUGAAGUUGAAAGAAUAGCGAAAGAAAAAAUAAUAAUACAAUAAAAUAAAAAUAAAAAACCCAUUGUAUUUGAUAUGUGUCACUGGGAGUAUAAUAGGAUGAAUGUGGAUCUUAGAUUAGUGGGUCAUAGAGUACGUGAAAAUAGUGGGAGUUAAAUUAUUUAAAAGCCAUGUUAAUUUAGUUAACGAAUGUGAUCAUGUUGUUUUAAUUCGUGUUUUAUAUAUUUCUCUAGGUUGAAUAGAA